AUGUCCCUGGAGCUGGAUCCCCCGGAGCUCGGCUUCAAGCGACCUUUCACUCAAGAAGUAUGCGAAGUGCUUCAUUUGCAAAAUCCCACCCCAGUCCCGGUGGUAUUCAAGGUCAAAACAACUGCUCCGAAGCACUAUUGUGUCCGCCCUAACUCCGGCCGGAUUGAACCCGGCAAGCAAGUUGAUGUUCAGGUUCUUCUGCAGGCUAUGAAGGAUGAGCCUCCACUUGAGCAAAAGUGUAAGGACAAGUUCCUCGUGCAAUCUGUUGCGGUCCCCGGGGAUGACAUUGAUCAGUCAAAUGUGACUGCCGUUUUCGAGAAGGUUUCCAAGUCCGCGAUCAACGAGCGCAAGAUUCGAGUGAACUGGCUGCAAGCUGAUGCGGGCCAGACCUCCCCCCAGCCUGCGGCUCCCCAAUCUCUUGACGACGAGCCUCCCGCUUACAACUCUCCUGGUGUCAACAACUACGAGACCCCCGCAGUUGGUCUUGCGAAGAAAAGCCACGUCGAACAGUCCUCGCCCAUUCCCGCCCCCGACUUCUCUGAGAAGGCCAUCAAGAACGAACCUUCGCCUCCUGCUGAAUUCAACACUGCCUUUUCCAACACCCGGGAAGCCGUUGCCAGUGCGCUGCCCUCUGGCGAAGAUCUGAAGUCUCAGCUGGCCGAUGCAAAUGCACAGAUUCAGCGACUCAAGGACCGACUUGCCGACCAGGGACUGCGACAGCGCAAGACCGGCGGCGAAGCUCCAGCUGCACCUGCGACAAUGCAGCAGACUCAUGGCAGCGCCGAGUCCGGAGUCUCUGUGCAAAUGGUGGCUGGCUUGUGCCUUCUCAGCUUCCUGAUUGCCUAUUUCUUCUUCUGA